GAGCUCGUAAGUCUUGUAUUUGAGAAGAUCCAUUAACAAAAUAAAUAAAGUUAAAAAAAAAUAAAUAUUUUACAUAUAAAUUUUUAUAUUUUAAGAGCAAAUGUAUAUAAAUAUCAAAAUUAUAAUUCCAAUAAGGACUCCAAAAAAAUACGUCCCGCAAAUCAAAAGCCAUGCUCUCCGCUGCUUCCUACUCCAACCUCUGCGACUCAAAAUCAGUUCUAUCUCCACCUUCUUCCCCGCAUUACUUCUCCCUCCUUCAACUAUGCCAAAGCCCCAAAGAACUCGCCCAAGUCCACUCUCUUCUCAUCAAAUCCUCCUUCCUCAACACUACCUUCGCACUCAACUCACUCAUCCGCUCCUACUCAGCUGUCGGCAAUCCAAUCACAUCCCUCCAUCUAUUUUCCCAGCUGACUCGCGACACUGUAAUGGUUCCUGAUAAGUUCACUCUGACCUUCGUCCUCAACGCGUGCUCCAGGUGCUCGACGUUUUUCCACUUUGGCCGGAGUCCAUCCAACUCAGUUAAGCUUCAUUCUAUGCAGUAUGAAGAAUCCUGAUGUCGUUUCUUGGAACUGCUUGCUGGAUGGGUAUGUUAAGUUAGGAGACAUGGAAAGUGCCCGGAAGGUGUUUGAUGAAAUGCCGUCAAGAGAUGUGGUGUCAUGGACAUCAAUGCUUGUGGGAUUUGCAAGUGCUAACCUGAUCUAUGAAGCACGCCAACUGUUCUAUGAAAUGCCGAGAAGAAACAUUGUCUCUUGGAGUGCAAUGAUUGGUGCGUGCAUGAGAGCUAAGGAGUACAGUGAGGCUCUAACAUUAUUCAGAGAAAUGGAAUUCAUGGGUGUUGGUGUUGAUAAGAUCAUGUUUACUCAGCUUCUGUCGGCCUGUGCUGGGUUAGGUGCCAUCGAGCAAGGGCGAUGGAUUCAUGCCCAGAUCGAUAAGCGACAAAUUCAGAUUGAUUCUCAUCUAUGCACUUCGCUUGUUGACAUGUAUGCAAAAUGUGGGCAGAUUGAUGAGGCUUAUAACAUAUUUGAAGGAUUUAAUGACAAGAAAGUGUUCUUAUGGAAUUCAAUGUUGGGAGGGUUGGCAAUGCAUUCGAAGGGAAAAGAAGUAAUGAAUCUAUUCUAUGAGAUGUGUGAAAGUGGUAUAAAACCUAAUGAAAUCACCUUCAUCUGUGUUCUUUCUGCUUGUAGUCAUUCAGGGCUAGUUGACGAAGGCUUGCGGAGUUUCGGCGGAAUGAAAAGAGAUCAUGGAAUCUGGCCGACAAUUGAGCACUAUGUUUGUGUCGUCGAUCUUUUGGGUCGAGCUGGGUUGAUUGAUGAGGCUAAGAAGUUUAUAGAGGAGAUGCCAAUGGCAGCCAAUGGUGAUGUUUGGAGAGCACUUUUAAGUGCUUGUAAGCUCCAUGGGAAGAUUAAAUUGGGAGGUGAAGUAGAAAAAAUGCUAUUGGAGUUAGAGCCAUUUGAUCAUGGUAACUAUGUUCUUUUAUCCAAUCUUUAUGCUAAGGUUAGUAGAUGGAAAGAUGCUGCAAGGAUGAGGAGGGUGAUGAAGGAUAAAGGAGUGAGGAAAAUUCCUGGGUGCAGCUCUAUAGAAGUCCAUGGAACUGUUCAUGAAUUUGUUGCUGGAGAUCAAUCUCAUCCUUUAAAUCUACAGAUUUAUGAAGUUUUGAAUGACUUGACCAAUCAAAUAUUUGAAAGGGAUGGACUUAUAAAUUUAUAGUGAUGUUCAACAUCAAAUAUGCUUAUGAUUUCAUGAGGUAAA